UACUACUUGCUCUGGUUGCCUUCUAUUAAUUACUACUAACUGAGCAGCGAGAGGGUCAAGUGCUAAGGGGACAAACACUUUUCAGAUACUCCCCACCACAAAAAGUGCCACAACUCAUAAAACCUUUGUUUCCUGUUUUUUCUGGUACACUUGUCUGUUAUUUGCAAAAUGCGUGAACUUAAACAUCAUGAGAGAAAAUUGUUAAAGAAAGUUGAUUUUCUCAACUACAAGCAUGAUGAUGGAAAUCAUCGUGACUUAAUGGUAAUGCGUCGUUACCAUAUCUCUAAGCGUGAGGAGUAUCAAAAAUACAACAUCGUCUGUGGUAAAUUGAGACAACUGGCACAUAAGUUGUCCCUACUGAACCCUCAGGAUCCCUUUCGUCUUAAGUAUGAGGAACUUAUUCUUGAGAAGCUCUUUGAUAUGGGAAUUCUUGCCUCCAAAUCUAAAAUGUCUGAUGUUGAAAACAAAGCAAAUGUUUCUGCUAUUUGCCGUAGACGUCUUCCUGUAGUCAUGUGCAAGCUCCGGAUGGCUCAGAACGUUUCAGGCGCUACAAAGCUUGUUGAACAAGGUCACGUUCGCGUGGGUCCCCAUGUUGUCACGGAUCCUGCGUAUUUAGUUACACGAAACCUUGAGGAUUUCAUCACCUGGACUGACGACUCGAAAAUCAAGCGUACAAUCGCCAAGUACAACGACAAGCUUGACGAUUACGAUCUUUUGUAAAAACAUUGUAUUGGUAUAUUAGGGUUCAUUGAAUAAAAAUUAUUCCAAGGUUUAGGUUUAACAUUGUCCGGUGAACAUUUGGGGGGAUGGGGACUUUAUGGC